AUGAGCACGAAAGAGGAUGCACCCAGAGACAGGGGCUACUUCGUUGGGAUCAUCUUCUUUAUACUUGGCCUUGGAACACUCCUGCCAUGGAAUUUUUUCAUGACUGCAUCUAUGUAUUUUAACAAUAGGCUCAACGCCUCAGAAUGGAGAAACGGCACGGUCGUGGGCAGAAAGGAAUACCACUUCAACAACUGGAUGACCUUCCUGUCCCAGCUGCCCUUGCUGGUCUUCACCCUCCUCAACUCCAUUCUCUACCAACGGGUUUCGGAGAAGAUGAGGGUGGGAGGGAGCUUGGUGUUCAUCCUCCUCCUCUUCAUCCUGACGGCGGCGCUCGUCAAGGUUCCCAUGGACACUGACUGCUUCUUCUCCGUCACCAUGGCGACCAUAUGGUUCAUCAACUCGUUUGGGGCGGUGCUGCAGGGCAGCCUGUUUGGGUUGGUGGGGAUACUCCCUCAGAGAUAUAAUGCUGUCUUUAUGAGUGGACAAGGACUGGCCGGCACCUUCGCCGCUCUCGCCAUGCUCUUCGCUAUCGCCAGUGAGGCUGAUGGAGAGACUGCAGCCCUAGGUUACUUUAUCACUCCGUGUGUUGGGACUUUGAUCACUCUGCUUUGUUAUGUGAUCUUACCUCGUCUGGAAUUUGCGAGGUUCUAUUUUGACAAAAGCAAGAAACAACAGACUGAAGCCUUCUCUAAACUUCUAUCCCCAGAAGAGGAGGCUGAGAAACAGAAGAACGGAGCCGUGAACGGCCACGCUAGCCGCGACGGUGGCGGUCGAGGGCAGGAGGACGGUGGGGCUACGCAGGCCUUCCUGUCCCUGGAGUCUGCAGACACCAGCCCGAAAAAAUCCUCCGUGAUCGAGGUCCUAAAAAAGAUUUGGGUCAUGGCUUUCUGUGUCACCUUCACGUUUACCGUGACUCUCUCAGUCUUUCCUGCUGUGACAGUGGACGUGAAAACUGCGUACGCUGGGAAAUGGGAGCGCUAUUUCAUCUCGGUGUGCUGUUUUCUCUUCUUUAAUGUCAUGGACUGGCUCGGCAGGACCAUAACGUCAGUUGUACGCUGGCCUCCUAAAGAGAGUAAACUGUUUAUAGUCUUGGUUGUGAUGCGUGUGAUCUUCAUCCCGUUGCUGAUGAUGUGUAAUGUCCACCCGCGGACCUAUCUGCCCGUUCUCUUCAGCAACGACAUCGCCUUCACCAUCAUCAUGCUUCUCUUCUCCUUUACCAGUGGAUACUGUGUCUGCCUGUCUAUGUCCUACGCCCCACAGCUGGUGGACCCUAAAGACGGGGAGACGGCUGGAGCUCUCAUGACGUUUUUCUUGGCUCUGGGUCUCUCCCUGGGAGCAGCCUUGUCCUUCCUGCUCCGAGCUGUAGUGUAG